UCGUUGGCUGUUAGCCACCCAGGCGACACGGAACCCUAGCCGCCGCCGUAUGCCGAACCCCACGCCGUACGCCUCCCUCCUCAAUGACGCCCCUCCCGCCGACCUCGACGGCGCCGACGCCGACCUCGACCUCUGCCCGGACGGCGGCCUGUGCUUGCCGGACGACCCGCUCGACACGGUCAUAGGCUACAUGUCCAUGCUCGACGACGGCUUCUUGGAGGGCCUCGGGCUGGGCUGCUCGCCGCCGCGGGGCCGCGUCGGCGACGGCCAAGACUACUCCGGGGGCGCGCUGGCGGGCAUGAAGGCCGACGCGGACCUCGGUUCGCUGGCGGAGGGGAGACCUCUGUCUCUCUGUGACGCCGGCGCCCCCGGCGGCCGGAAGAGGAGCGCGUUCCACAUGUUCGACAGUAAGCCGGAGGGGUUGCCGCCGGCGCGAGCGCGCUCGCUGUCGUGCAGCACGACGACAACUUCGUCGUCCACCGCGUCCGGGGCCCGCAACCUCUCGCCCACAUCCGGCGGGACCGAGGCGCCGCGGGAGCCUGCCUCCAAGGAUUAUGACCUGCGUUGGACUUUGCCGAGGAAGCCGCACCACCGACGGGCCGUCCGCAGGCGCGCCGCCUCCUGGUCUUUGGCUCUCCCGCCCCAGCUCAUGUCGGCUGGCGCCUAUGACUGUAACGGUGACAGCAAUGCCAACGACGACAAAGACAAAGACUACGUGCUCAGCCACUGCAAGAACGGCCGCGGCAAUGGUGGUCCACGCCCGGCCAGGCGGCAGCAGAAGAAAACGGACGGCAAGAUUUGCACCCACUGCCGCGUGGAGGGCACGCCGCAAUGGCGGACCGGGCCGGCCGGGAGCGGCACGCUGUGCAACGCAUGCGGCAUCCGAUACAAGAUGGGUAAGCUAUUCCCGGAGUACCGCCCGUCGACGAGCCCAGAGUUCGGCAGCCUCGAGCACUCUAACCGCCACAGGAACGUGGAAAGAAUCAGGGAGAAGAAGAUGAAGGUGAUGGUUCCCGAGGUGCCGGAGAUGUCAGCAGUAAUUUAUGUAAAUAUUAGGAGCUCCACUCCAGGUGGGUGGAUGCAACUUGGUUGCAAUGUGAUUGUCGCUCGCUUCAGUUUCGCUUGGAAAAAUUCAUGUGAUAUUCGGUCUAAAUUUGUGUAUUCUGAGCCAUUUGAGAAUCUAAAGCACGCUGAAAGCGUACCCUGGCGUCUACAUUGCAAAAUCUCCGUGUACCUUGUCCGCCACAGUAUGUUUAAUUAUGUAAACUUUGCUGUUUUCUUAAGUUAG